AUGUCGAUAUCGAGAAGAUUGAAUUCCGUCAAAGACUUGAACGGAAAAACUGGAUGUGGUUGGAUGAUCAAUGUGAAGUUGUGCCGGGUUUGGGAUAGACAUCAAUGGAACAAUCAUGAUGUAGUUGUUCUUCGUGAGAUGAUGCUUAUGGAUGACAAGGGAGACAAAAUUGUGGCUGCACAACCUCAUGACCAGUUCAAUCGCCUGGGUGAUCUUCUUCAAGAAGGAAGUUCCAAGCAGAUCUCCAACUUUGGAUGUGUCAAAAACUCCGACAGAUUCAAGCAAUGUAGUCAUCCUUUUAAGAUUGAAUUUGAUGCAAGAACCGUUAUUGCACCUGGUAAUGAUAUCGUUACUAAGGAACAUGGAGAUGAUCGUGGUUUCAAGUUCGUCAGUUUCUCCGACAUCCCCAAUUUCAAACCCCCGUAUCCGCAGCUCAUUGAUAUUAUUAAUUCGGACAUUUCACAAAUGAUUUCCCUGUUUAAUUUGGUCUAUGCCUUCCUUGGAUCUGGUGCUUGCCGAGUUCACCAAAAAAUAAAGAUAAAUAUUACUAGCUUGGAUUAUGAAUUUUGUAGAUAA